AUGCUCUACAACGCCCUCAUUCGCACCCACCACAUCACCUCCCGCAAAAAGGUCGCCGCCCUCAAACGCGCCGCGGACACCCACCAAUGCGCCGUGCUCCUCCGGUCCGGCGGGUGUCCGGGCAUCAUGUAUGUCGAGGGUGUGGGGAAGGAUCGCGUGGAGAUGUGGGUGGAUGUGGUGAGAAAGUUGCGAUACAAGGACUUUCAAUUGGCUACUAGGCCUGAUGUCUUGGGAGUGGAAACGGAUUCCGGGGAAAAUACAUCCAGUGGAAGGGAGGGGGAUCUUAAGAUUGGCAAUAAGAAAGACAAAGAUGACGACUCAGGGAUUGGCACUGGCAUUGCGCUUGGUCUUGAUGAGGUGGACAGUGUUAAGGAGUUUGGUAGUAUUAUGGCUAAGAGGGGAGUGUGGCAUUGGUGGAGGAGGGGUAUGGGGUAUGCGUGA